CGCUCAACUCGCGGGAGCGGCGGUAGCGCAGCUUACCAAGCAGUCAGUCAUUCGUCUGUUUGUGCGUGGGCCCGCAACUGGCGUCCGGCCGCAGCUACGGAUCGGCAUUGGUGCGGCGGCGGCGCAUCUGCGCAAUCUUCAGGACGGACUUUGUUCCUUCACGUACCGGCUGAGUGUUGUGCGCUGUGCUACAAACCGACUACGCCUGUCAACGGGGUCUGUUCGGGCGUGAUUUCUUUUUGUGUGCAGCCUCUGAGGGUUCGUUGAUCCUCGGUUGUCUCGUGAGCUGCGCGACUGUCGUUUACCUUCCAGAAGAGAGUUGUGCUCGCCGUGUCGUCGUCUGCUGCGCUCUUCGCGAGACGACGCCAAUCUGGUUUCGCGAGGUGUUGCGACGGCGCGUCACCAUGUGUAGUGUUGCGAUGUUUGUGCUCGGUGCGCGCGCUAUUCGAGUUUCCAGGGAGCGCCCGGGCCACAGUUAAGUGUGGGCAGCACUAAUGUCUCCUACGUGCACGGAAUCCCGAUGAAAGCCGGUUUCUGAGCGUGGGCGUCUCUGGCUGCUCUUCUUUUUUCGCUGAAAGUGCGGUUGCUGUGUUGUUCUACUCCGCGCCGCAGUCUGGGCCGGUGACACCUCUGCUUCCGGUGACUCCUCCGAAACACUGAGCAGCGUGUAAAGCGUGUGUGUUCAGCUCCUCCGGAGAGACACCAGCCAUCAUGGUGUACCACUGGCAGAGCCAGCAGUACCGCACCAGUGGUGUGGACGACAUGGUGCUCCUCACCAAAAUCAACGAGGAUGCCAUCGUCGAGAAUCUACGAAAGCGAUACAUGGACGACCAGAUCUUUACGUACAUUGGUCCUGUGCUUGUGUCAGUGAACCCCUUCAAGCAGCUGCCGUACUUCACCAACAAGCAGGUGGACCAGUACCAAGGAGCUGCGUCCUACGAGAACCCGCCGCACAUCUACGCCCUGGCUGACACCAUGUACCGGAACAUGGUCAUCGACUCUGAGGGACAGUGCGUCAUCAUCUCGGGUGAAAGCGGUGCCGGCAAGACAGUGGCUGCCAAGUACAUCAUGGCGUACAUCGCCCAGGUAUCCGGUGGAGGACCAAGAGUACAGCACGUCAAAGACGUCAUCUUAGAAUCCAACACCAUUUUGGAGGCCUUCGGCAACGCCAAGACCGUCAGGAACAACAACUCUUCACGCUUUGGCAAAUACGUGGAGAUCCAGUUCAGCCGAGGUGGCGUUCCCGAGGGAGGACGCAUCUCCAAUUUCCUCCUGGAAAAGUCGAGAGUUGUGAGCCAGAGCCCGAACGAACGAAAUUUCCACAUUUUCUACCAAGUCUGCUACGGUGCCUCUCCGGAGAUGAAGAAAGAAUUGGGAGUGGCUAACCCUGACUACUACAGCUAUCUGAACCAAAGCGGAGUUUACAAGGUGGAAGGAACCAAUGACGCCCACGACUUCCAGGAGACUCUGAAAGCCAUGACGGUGAUGGGCAUGAGCGAAGACGAGCAGACCCAGUUUCUGCGAGUCGUCAUGGGCGUCCUGCACAUGGGGAUGAUCACAUUCGUCGAGAAAGGAAACUACGCCGUCGUCGAGGACGAACAAUACCUGGAAUUUCCAGCCUACCUGUUGGGAUUGGAAAGUGCACAGCUGGCCAAGAAACUGACAAGUCGUGUUCUGGACUCCAAGUGGGGUGCCCGCUCGGAGAGUAUAGAGAUGCAGCAAAAUGUAGAGCAGGCCAACUAUAUCCGCGACGCAUGGGCUAAGGCACUGUACACACGCAUCUUUGACCGCCUUGUGGAUAUUAUCAACAACGCCAUGCAGACCACAGCUGGCGAGCUCAACGUCGGCAUUUUGGACAUCUACGGCUUCGAAAUUUUUCAACGAAACGGCUUCGAGCAAUUCUGCAUCAAUUACGUGAACGAGAAGCUGCAGCAAAUUUUCAUCGAGCUCACUCUGAAAGCUGAACAGGAAGAGUAUGUUCAAGAAGGAAUUCAGUGGAAGGCAAUUGACUACUUCAACAACAAGGUUGUCUGCGACCUUAUUGAAAGCAAGGUUCCCCCGGGAGUGUUCUCUGUGCUUGAUGACAUCUGUGCCACGAUGCACGCCACGGGUGAAGGAGUGGACGCGCAGUUGUGUCAGAAGCUCUCGCACCAAGUUGGCAACCAUCCACAUUUUCAACUGACUGGCGGCACUGGAUUCGCUGUGCACCAUUACGCGGGCAAGGUCACCUAUGAUGCGGACGGCAUGUGCGAAAAAAACCGGGACGUCCUGUUUCCAGACGUCGUCCUCGUCAUGCAGAGCAGUUCCAAUUCAUUCAUCAAGAGUCUUUUUCCUGAGAACGUAACUGGGACAGUCAAGGGAAGACCUACCACAGCUGGUUCAAAGAUCAAGAGCCAGGCCAACAAGCUGGUAGAGGCAUUGAUGAAAUGCACGCCACAUUACAUUCGCUGCAUCAAGCCAAACGAAACGAAGAAAGCUCAUGACUGGGAAGAAGACAGGGUGAAGCACCAAGUCGAGUACCUGGGUCUCAAGGAAAAUGUACGUGUGAGGCGAGCUGGAUUUGCCUACCGGCGAGUCUUCGACAAGUUCCUGCAUCGGUAUGCAGUCUUGACCAAAGAGACUUUCCCACAAUGGCGUGGAAACAUCAAGGAAGGCAUACUUCAUAUUCUCAACAGUGUUGGCAUGGACAAAGAUCAAUAUCAGCUUGGGAAGACAAAGGUCUUUAUUAAGGCCCCCUGAUCACUGUUCCUACUGGAAGAAAUGAGGGAGCGGCGGUAUGAUAAGCACGCCCGAGUCAUUCAGAAGGCAUUCAAGAAGUACUUUGCCAGGCAGCAGUACCUCAAGCAAAAGCAGAAAGCUGCGGACAUCCUGCAAGGUCGCAAAGAGCGGUGUCAUCAUAGCCUGAACCGCAAUUUUGUUGGGGACUACAUUGGCCUCGACCACCAUCCAGAACUGAGGGUGCUCGUCGGAAAGCGCGAACGAGUGGAGUUUGCUGAAACUGUCCUCAAGUAUGAUCGUCGUUUCAAGCCUGUGAAGAGGGACCUGAUCUUGACUCCCAAGUCACUAUUUCUUAUUGGCCGAGAAAAGAUUAAGAAAGGAAAUGACAAGGGUAAAAUCAAGGAGGUCAUUAAACGCAAGAUUGACCUCGAGAACAUUUCUCAGGUGACAACAAGCACGCGUCAGGAUGACUUCUUAGUGUUGCAAGUGAGGAAUGAGUACGACACCUUUAUUGAGUCUGUCUUCAAGACUGAGUUCCUCUUCAUGCUCGACAAGAAAGUUCGGGAAAAGUGCCAGCGGCCUUUGAACCUGCACUUCUCUGACAAGAUGGAGUACCGAGUGAAAAAAGAAGGCAUCUUCGGUGGUGGCUCCACCAAGCAGGUGCAUGUCACCCAAGGUCAUGGUAAUGAGGCUGUUCUAAAGGUCACUGCAGGUGUUCUCAACAUAAGCAUUGGCCCUGGCCUGCCAAAGAAUUCAAGACCAUCGGAGCGCUCAGCAUCUUCUGGGCCGAGGCCAUCAAAGGUGAGCACCUCAAGGACACACCAGCAGCCCAGUGGGAACAAGUUAAAGGAACACAAUGGCAGAGGUCGGACUGUGACUACUGCAGCAUCUGCCAGGACUCCGAACGCCGCUCUUGCAGCUGUCAUAGGAGCAAGGGCAGCUACAGGGGCAGGAAAUGCAAUGAGGCACGCUCCAAACCUGCCACGAACAGGCCACAGUCAGCACAAAAGGGUAUCCACAGAAGGAAAUGGCCCUUCAGACUACAUGAGACCACCUGAAGCAGGCGUGUCAGGGGAAAAGCGCAAGAACUCACAGAAAGCAAGGCCAGUCCCAGGUGGUGGCAAGCCAAAGCCGCCAAGCAGGCCGAAGCCGGCAGUGCCCACAUGCAAGGCCUUAUACGCGUACGAGCCUCAGGAUACAGACGAGCUGGCAGUUAGUGAAGGUGACAUCAUCGAAAUCCUCAAAGAAGACCCAUCAGGCUGGUGGCUUGGUCGACUAAGAGGCAAGGAGGGGCUCUUCCCUGCCAAUUACGUGGAACGUAUCUGAUUUUUGCAUUUUAAAUUCAACAUUGCUAUAGGUCUCCUUUGCAUAGAGCUUGAAAGCAGCGAAGUGUUCAAGUGUGAUUAAGAACCACAAGACCUCAACGAUUAUCCUUUGUACGAAUUCUGCUUCUGUUACAAGAUGAAGAGAUUGUGUCUUCUUACUUUCGUUCAAAGGUAACUAGAGGCCUAAGUUAACCCACUGUGCUAAUCUGAGGAAAGUGAAUAGACUUCACCAUCUGGAUUGUGCGCAGCUUGAGAACACUGUUGGCAAGAUCUCUGGUGCUUCAAGCACAAUCGCUGAAGCACCUUGUACUUUUUCACAUUGUUUGCAAUGUGGAUGAAAACCUUGUGAGGAUGAUCGAAGAGAACUGAAGGCUAGUGUCAUUGUGGCCAGAGCGGCUAUAUUCAUCAGCCUAGUGUUGUUUUCCAUUCUAGCUACAUUUUAGUUUUGUAGAAACAUUGCAGAAGUUGGCAGUUUUUAUUUUUUCUUUUACACAGGCCUAACUAUGCAGAGCUGUGUGAAAGCUGUUAACAAGUGUCCUUUUUUUUUUUCAGAAAAGCUUAUCAUUAAAGCUUUUUCUUUUUAUCUGUACAUUGCUUAUCUGUCUUCUGUACAAUUCUGAAAAGUGCUAUCUCCUCUUCAUUGCGAAUCAGCGAGUGGACACUGCGCUUUACCCAAUAUCGCACUAGUCCGUUUGGUUAAUGUGCAUCUUAGCAUUACUAAUUUCAGAAGACACUUGAACAUCCAUGCAGAUUUGAUCAGAAGUCAUGGUAUCGGUAUUAUAGCCAAAGAUUAUAGUUUAGCCAUGAACGAGCAGCCUUCAGCUUCCAAGUUGUCCGGUUUCUGGAGCCCUCCACUGUGGCAGUCUCUCAUUAUCAUAUGGUGGUUUGGGGACAUUAAACCUCACUAUAUCAAUCAUCCAAGUUGUCUGUUUAUUAUAGCCAUAUUCAAUAUGUGAAAGCAUACUGGUUGUCUUCACUAUUUGUACAAAGGUUACCCUGAAAAAAAGCAUCAGUCCCAUAGUCAUAAGACUAGGAGGAAUUUUUUGCUCUUUGAGGCUUUCUUUAUGACGAAAAUUUUUUUGUGCUGUUUUUUGCUACUCUUAGAUCAUAUUUUAUAAAAUUUAGGGAAUCUUCUCCUCUUCACAGGCCUCUGCAGACCUGUAGUGUUGCCAGGAAUUUAUGUGGAUUUUUGUUACAGUUGUCGCUAUUGAAACCAAGUUCAGUUAUAUAUUCAAUAAGUGCACCAACAACACUGAGAUUUCAUCUUUAACUUAGUUGCAUACUAUUUCAAAGAGGGAACAAUAAGGUCAUGUUCAGAAGUGCAGAAAUUUGGGCACGUUCGUACUGAUCAAUUUUAGUAUUAUAAAAGCGUGUAUCUCUUGUAUUUUGUCUGCUAAGUGCUCUGAAAUACCAAUAUGAAUAAGGUCAUGUAAAUACUGUUCUUAGAAAGUUUUGUGCACUCGGACACAAUCAGUGAAAUAAAAAUGGCAAUGACGG